UCACUACUCUACUCUACUCUUUUUCUUCCAUUAUCGUUAUGAAAUAAGGAAGCAGUAGUAGUAAAUUAGCUAUAAAUGAUCAAAAGAGGAGUUGGUAUCCCUGAUCUCUCUCUCUCUUCUGCAAUUUAAUUCCUCUCUCUCUCUCUCUCUCUCUCUCUCUCUCUCUCUCUCUCUCUCUCUCGCAUCGCCCGCCUGGUAAGAUGGCGGCUACAUGUUUCCAGGCCACCGUUGCCAAGCCUUCUAUUCUCUCCCACAUUCAAAACAACAACAACAAUGAAUUUGUGGUCGUAGACCUUGCAGCAGCUCCCACCAGGAGGAAGAUAACCUCAUUGAGACUCAGUUCCCCAUCAUCUCCCUUAGGCGGCCUUAGUCGGAGGCAGGGGAUUAUUAGGGUUAGGGCUUCUGCUCUGGCAUCUCCAUCAAAGGAGGAAGAGUUGGUGUUGGAACCCAUUAAGGAGAUCAGCGGAACUGUCAACCUUCCUGGCUCCAAAUCCCUCUCCAACCGUGUCCUCCUCCUCGCCGCUCUCUCCCAGGGAACUACUGUAGUUGAGAACUUAUUAAACAGCGAAGAUGUCCAUUACAUGCUUGGAGCACUGCGCACCCUUGGUCUGAAUGUGGAAGCGGACGCUGUGAAUAAAAGAGCAAUUGUUGAAGGCAGUGGGGGCCACUUUCCAGUUGGGAAGGAUUCAACUGAGGAGGUCCAACUCUUCCUGGGAAAUGCAGGAACAGCAAUGCGUCCAUUGACAGCUGCAGUCGUUGCUGCUGGAGGAAAUGCGAGAUAUGUGCUUGAUGGAGUUCCAAGAAUGAGAGAGAGACCUAUUGGUGACUUAGUCAGUGGUUUGAAGCAGCUGGGUGCGGAUAUUGGUUGUGUGUUUAACACUGAUUGUCCUCCUGUCUAUGUUAAUGGAAAGGGAGGUCUUCCUGGGGGAAAGGUGACACUCUCGGGAUCUGUGAGUAGUCAGUACCUGACUGCUCUUCUCAUGGCAGCUCCUUUGGCUCUUGGAGAUGUGGAAAUUGUGAUGGCUGAUAAACUCGUAUCAGUCCCAUAUGUUGACAUGACAUUGAAAUUGAUGGAACGAUUUGGAGUGACAGUGGAGCACAGUGGUAGCUGGGACCGCUUUUUAAUCAGAGGCGGGCAAUUGUACAAGUCCCCAGGAAAUGCUUAUGUUGAAGGGGAUGCCUCAAGUGCUAGCUAUUUUCUAGCAGGUGCAGCAGUCACUGGUGGCACUGUCACUGUGGAAGGCUGUGGUACAAGCAGUUUACAGGGAGAUGUGAGAUUUGCAGAGGUUCUUGAGAAAAUGGGGGCCAAGGUUAGCUGGACAGAAAAUACAGUCACUGUCACAGGUCCACCAAUGGAUCCUUCCAAGAAGAAAAGAUUGCGUGGGAUUGAUGUGAACAUGAACAAGAUGCCUGAUGUUGCCAUGACUCUGGCUGUUGUUGCUCUUUAUGCUGAUGGCCCAACUGCAAUAAGAGAUGUUGGAACGUGGAGAGUGAAGGAGACAGAGCGAAUGAUUGCCAUUUGCACUGAACUGAGGAAGUUGGGAGCAACAGUAGAGGAAGGUUCAGAUUACUGCAUAAUCACUCCCCCGGAGAGGCUGAACGUGACUGCGAUAGACACAUACGAUGAUCAUAGGAUGGCAAUGGCAUUUUCUCUGGCUGCCUGCGCAGAUGUACCCGUAACCAUUAGGGAUCCUGGUUGCACUCGCAAAACCUUUCCUGAUUACUUUGAAGUUUUGCAGAGGUUUGUAAAGCGUUAAAUUUUUAACUGGGUGGAUUUAAUGGAUCAAGCAGUUCAUGUUGAGGUGGUGGUCUGUGUUAGGCUGAUUCGCCCAUAUAUUUUCUUUCCUAUUUAAUGUGUAAGACAACUCAAUACCUCCUUGUGGAGAAGAUAUUCUGCAUAUACGGCCAGAAUGGCUUGUUAGUGGAUAAGUUUGGAAUGGAGAAGUAAUUAGUUUUCAUUUCCUAAUGGGAAAAUUUCACA